UGAAGUCUGAGAGGUUUCUUGGCCGCAGCAUGAGCAAUGAGCUGAGCGCAGCGAUCCUGCGGCGCAUUCUCGACGACGUCAAGGGUAGCGGGGGCACCUUUGGCCCCGAGCAUGGCACCAUGCUCAUGGCCAUCUACCACAGCGAGCCCGACAUGACCUUGUUCCAAGCUGCGGUCGAGCUCGUCGAGAAGAACCGCGUCACGCGCAUCACCGCGACGCCGAGCGGCCGCGCCUUGGUGCGCGUCUCGGCGCCGUCGCACCAUGGUGCCCACGCCAUGCACAUCUGCUUUGCGCACUACUGCUCGUGCGACGCCUUCAACGAGGCGACGGUGCACGGCCGCUUGACCAUGUGCAAGCACAUGCUCGCCGCGCUCCUUGCCGACGCCGUCGCCAAGAUGCAGCAGGUGACGGUCGCGGACAGCGAAUUUGCCAACUUGCUCUGCUCGGACGACGCGACGAUGUAACACGAGGCUCUAUUUAUCUUGC